GGGCUUGCCUGAGAACCUGAGGGUCUGCCGCUGGCGCCUAAAGGACGCUAGUCGAACCUUAGCCGCAAACCCGGGGAAAGAACCUGCUCCCGACCGUCGCGGGCCACCCUUGCUUCGUACACCGCAGCUAUGUGGGCCCCCCUGCGGUCAGCUCUGCGGCCCUGCUUCCGCGCCGCUGCCCCGGGGCUGCGCGCCUAUCACGCUGACGCCGUGGCGGCGUUGGGCACCCAGUUGGACUCCGGCUCUGCCAUCUACCAGGAGAACUAUGAGCAGAUGAAAGCACUAGUGGAUCAACUCCAUGAACGAGCCCAGUAUAUAAGACUAGGAGGUAGUGAGAAAGCCCGAGCACUGCACACAGCAAGAGGAAAACUGUUACCCAGAGAAAGAGUCGACACGCUUAUAGACCCAGGGUCUCCGUUUCUGGAAUUAUCCCAGUUUGCAGGUUACCAGUUAUAUGGUAAUGAGGAAGYCCCUGCAGGUGGCAUCAUUACAGGCAUUGGAAGAGUAUCAGGAGUAGAGUGCAUGAUUGUUGCUAAUGAUGCCACUGUGAAAGGGGGUUCCUACUACCCAGUGACUGUGAAAAAACACCUGCGGGCACAAGAAAUUGCGCUGCAAAACAGGCUCCCCUGCAUCUACCUGGUGGACUCAGGAGGAGCCAACUUACCCCGACAAGCUGAUGUGUUUCCAGACCGAGACCACUUUGGCCGCAUAUUCUACAAUCAAGCAAUUAUGUCGUCUAAAGGUAUUACCCAGGUUAAAGCGGCUACUGGUGAAGAGGUGUCUGCUGAAGAUCUUGGAGGUGCUGAUCUUCAUUGCAGAAAAUCUGGAGUCACUGACCACUAUGCUUUGAAUGAUCAUCAUGCCCUUCACUUGACUAGAAAGGUUGUGAGGAGUCUGAAUUAUCAGAAGAAAUUAGAUGUUACCAUUGAACCUUCUGAAGAGCCUUUAUUUCCUGCUGAUGAGAUGUAUGGAAUAGUUGGUGCUAACCUCAAGCGGAAUUUUGAUGUCCGAGAGGUCAUUGCUAGGAUCGUGGAUGGAAGCAGAUUCAAUGAAUUCAAAGCCUUCUAUGGAGACACAUUAGUUACAGGAUUUGCUCGAAUAUUUGGAUACCCCAUAGGUAUCAUUGGAAACAAUGGAGUUCUGUUUUCUGAAUCUGCAAAAAAGGGUGCUCACUUCGUCCAGUUAUGCUGCCAAAGAAAUAUUCCUCUGCUGUUCCUCCAGAAUAUCACUGGAUUCAUGGUUGGUAGAGAGUAUGAAGCCGAAGGAAUCGCCAAGGAUGGUGCCAAGAUGGUGGCUGCUGUAGCCUGUGCCAACGUGCCUAAGAUAACCGUCAUUAUUGGGGGAUCGUAUGGGGCUGGAAAUUAUGGGAUGUGUGGCAGAGCAUAUAGCCCAAGAUUUCUCUACAUGUGGCCAAAUGCUCGUAUCUCAGUGAUGGGAGGAGAGCAGGCAGCCAGUGUGUUAGCUAUGAUAGCAAAGGACCAAAAAGCACGAGAGGGGAAACAGUUGUCCAGUGCUGAUGAAGCAGCUUUAAAAGAGCCAAUCAUUAAGCAGUUUGAAGAGGAAGGGAACCCUUACUAUUCCAGUGCAAGGCUGUGGGAUGAUGGGAUUAUCGAUCCAGUGGACACCAGAUUGGUUCUGGGUCUCAGUAUUAGUGCAGCCCUCAACGCCCCCAUCCAGAAGACUGACUUUGGCGUUUUCAGGAUGUAGCUGGAAUAUAAAAUGUGUUCUGUUGGACAUGUGCCAAAAAUUAUCAUAUGUAACCUUAAAAUUUUAAAUUUUUUGAACGUGUUUCUGUGAUUUUUUGUUCUUAACACAAUACAUUGUACUUUUCUACCUUAAAAAAAAUCAAUGAGGAUAUUUAUUUGAUGAGCAUCAAUUCCUUUUAAAUUUUCUUAGAGAAAUUUUUCCGUGGCUCAAUCUUAUCACCCAUGAAAUGAAGAGACUAAUUAUCCUUUAUAUCCUACAAACAAUAUAAAAAGUUCUUUAAUCUAUAAAUUCCAGUGUGGUUGAGAUUAUUAAUAUAAAGUUUAUAUUUGCUGAAAUGAUUAUUUUGCUGAUUAGGCUUGAUGAUAUUUUAAGUUAUUUUAAAGAAUCAUCUAUUACCUUUCUCUUCAGCCACCAUCCUAUCUCCUUCCCAUAGUAGUCAGAUUUCUCCCUGUCUGCACUGUGGGCCCUGCUUUCUAACCUAUUCUCUCCUUGUUCUGCCCCUCUCUGGCUUCCGCCAACAGCUCUGUCCGGUUACCAUUGCUCUCCAUGUUGCUGAAGCCAGUGGAGUGUUUCCCAGCCUUAUCUGACUUUUCAGUAGCAUUCUGUUGGAUUGAACACUCCCUCCUUGAACUGCAGCCUUGGCUUUCAUAGUCAACCCUCUAGAUUUUCCAUCAAUCCCUUUAGCCUUUCUUUUUUAGUUUCCCUUGUGGAAUCCUCUUCAUCUCCUGAUCUCCCCCACUUUUAUUAUUUGUCUUAAUUUUCAUUAAGGAAUACACAAAUACAUUCUUAUACUGAAAAGAUACAAAUAACACAAAAGUAUCUCCUUUUUUAAUGUAAGAAAUUAACCCUUUUAACCAUUUUGAGUGUACAGUUCACUAGCAUUAAGUACCUUCAUAUUACUGUGCAGCCAUCACCACCAUCCAUCUCUAGAACUUGUUGUUGUCCCACAUUGAUUCUCUGUGUCCAUUAAACAAUAUCUCCCAUUUCCCCCUACCCCCAGCUCCCAUUUUCCCCUCCCCCAAGCCCCUGGCCCAUAUUAUUAAAUGCACAUAUUUCUCAUGGCAUAAAACACGUGCAUUCUUGCUGGGCCAUUUUUCCCCUCUCAUGGCUUCAGUCCCGUCUAAAUGCAUUCCUGCAUUGGCUCUUCCUAGCAUAGUUCUUCCCUGGUUCUACACUUGUGUGCUCUUAUAAAACAUGUCUACUGGACAUCCACCUGGUUGUCUUGGAGGAGCCUCAAUUCAGUCAUCAGGUGCUAUAACUUUGCCUCCUUGAUGGUCUCUUGAACUCUUCCACUUAUUUUUGUCUCUUACCAGCACGGGCCUUAGGAGUGGUCUGCUGCAUCUGGUCUUACCUCAUCCUGUCUGUUCACCUCUCGAGUUAGAGAGGCCACCCUAAAGUACACAUCUGGUCAGACUGCUCCCUUCCUUAAAAUCAUUCAGUGGUUUCUUGUGAAGUGCCAGCUGGCCCCAAUGGCCUCCAUGAUCUUGCUUGAUCUUUGCUUUUUUAACCUCAUCUCUUUGACUCCUCUUUUCACAGGACAGUAGCUCUGGCCAUUCUAGACGUCCAGGUCUUUGAACCUCCUAAGUUCUUCCACCAAAAGAUAUACAAGGCUCCCUUGACCUGAACUCUUCUCCUCUUGCUUCUUCAGCACUUAUCCUUCAGCUUAAGCUCUUGAUUCUCUUUGAUAAACACUACUUCCUUAGGAAUGUUUUUGUGACUUCCCUGGACUGGGCUGGCUUCCCUACUGUGUGCUCUUAUAAAACAUCAUAUGCCUCUAUCACAAAUUCAUCAUUGUGUCAUAAAUGUUUCUUUAACAUUGCCCACUGCUAGAAUGUAAGCUCUACGAGAGCAAGGAUCUGUUUAUCCUGUGUCUACAGUGCCUGGCACUUGAGGGGCUCAAUAUUUGUUGAAUGAAUGAAAAUGUCCAUAUUAUAAUUGAUGUCCUCAGGACAUAAAAUUUUAAAAUUAGGUGUUUGAUUAUACAACUUGAUACAACUAUCAUGUUUUCUUAAUAAAAUUAAUAUUUCAAAUGUCUGUAUGUUCUGUUUAGGCUUCCUGUAUAUCAGGAAGUCAAUUUAACUUUUUAUGGGGUGACAUAUAGAAAGAAAAUCAUGAAUGAAAGGUAGUUUUCAUUUUCAGAAGGAACAUGGUAUUUUUUUUUUAAACAAAAGCACAAGUCCACUUUCACUUAACUAUUUUUCAUUAGUUUAAAUCCUUGAGGGUAGAGCAUCAAAAGAAUUCUGUGUCCAGUGGCCUUGGUAUGAAGGCUGCUUUGGAUUUGGCAUAAGCCACCUCACUGUUAACGUCGGCGUAAGUCACCUUUCCCCAGAGGACUCUGGUUUUGUUCGCUUGCUGUCAGGAGUCACUGUUUUGUUCUUGCUUUGUAGACAUAGCACAUCUUUUGCCCAAGUAGAAUCUAGUUCCAUCUCAGGCAUAAACACCUCCAAUUUUAAGAAGAGCUAUGUGCUCCCUUUAGUUCUGGAGACUUUGUUUCUAGCAAGUAAGAAUGUUCCAGAUGUUUCUGCCUUUUAGGAACCCUGUUCCUAGGAGGCCUUCUUCACAGGCUCUAAGA